AUGGACUUGAAUGCGGAUCCAUUAACACAUACAACUAUGCGACCAAAUUUAUAUGAUUUACACAGUGUUAUCGCAGCUUGUCAACAUGGUGAUGCUGGAAUUGUUGAAGAAGCCUUGAAACAGGGUUUAAGCCCCAAUACUACUGAUGAUGUGAGUUUUUUUUUACAAAAAAAUGGCAAAUUUCAUAAUUUUUGUUGCAAUUUUUUUUGAAACAAAGAGAAAAAAAUCAAUAAUUUUCAGGACGGCUGCGCGUUGCUACACUGGGCAUCAAUUAACAAUAAACUAGAUGUUGUGAAAAUGUGAGUUUUUCGCGGUUUUAAAAAUAUAAAGUGGUUUUCUAUCAAAAAAUAUUUUUAAUUCACUUACAAAAUUAUGGUACCCAUGAAAAAAAAGAUAUGAAAUAUGAAAAAAAAAUUAGUCAAUUUUCAAAACAAUUUUCAAUCAACUUUUCCAGACUUUUAUCAUACAAAGCUGAUCCAAACAUCAUUGGUGGAAUUUUGAAGUCCUCUCCAAUCCACUGGGCUGCUAGAAAUGGACACGUGGCAGUUUGUGCGGUUCUAGUUAAGGUGACUAUUGUUUUAAAAAAUAUUUUCCAAAAUCUCGUCGAUUUUUUCAGGCUGGAGCAAUUUGUAAUACUCGUGAUACUCAAGGUUACACUCCGGUUCAUCUGGCUAUUCAAGGAUCACAUGUUCCGCUAGUUGCAUAUUUUUUGUUGAAAUUUGACUACGCUAAAGAUAUCACAGAUAAUAGUGGUAAGAUUUUUAACCUCACCAAUAUUUUUUUUGCAAAAAAAACAAUUAAAACUGAAAUUUCAGGAAUGACCCCUGCUAUGUGGUGUGCUUAUCGAUCUUUUACAAUGUUUCCAUUGAGAUUAAUUGUCAAAUCGGGUGCUGAUUUAUCAAUCAAAGAACAUUUUAUGAGCAAUACUGCACUUCAUAUUGCGGUCGCAGAACGAAACUAUAUGGCAGUAACGUAUGUAAACAUUGGGCUGGUUAUAAACAGAAAUCAUAAUUUUUUUGUGUUUUAGCGAAUUGCUGGCCGCCGGCGCUGACGUCUCGAUUAGGAACAAACAACAGGAAACACCGAUUGAUUUGGCGAGGAGUAAUAAGAACCCAAAAAUUUUAGGUGGGUUUUUUUGGAUAAAUUAUGGGAAAAUAUAUCCGAUGCUCUGGUAAGAUAGAAUAUAAAUUACUAAUUCAAAUAUAAAUUCUAAGGAAAAAAACUCAAUUUGUUCAUAUGAACUUAACAGGCUACAAAAAUUUUGUACUGUUUCAAAAAUUAGUUUCUGUUGACAAAUGUUGUGACUCAUCGUAACUACGGAAAUUUUGAAAUCACUAAAAACUACAAACGGGGAACAAAUGAACAAAAUUUACAAAAAGGAAAAUUGAACUUUAUUCAAAAAAAAGUAUCAUUCUUUAUUAUUUUUCUAGAAUCGUAGAUACUAUAUUUCAAAAUUCUAAAUCUGAUAACAUUCUAAUAAGAUCCAAAUCAAGAUAAAAUCCAAAGGUCAUACAUUGAACGAGUUUCUGAAUUAUGCCAAAUUUUCAGACGCCAUUGAAAAUGCCGCUCAAAAACAAGGCCUCUACCGUUCAAACUGCAUCAAAAAAUUGUUCACACCUCCGUUCAGCACAUAUUUCUACUUUUUCCUCCCGGCUCUUCUCAUUCUUGCAACAUGGUAUUUAUUCUCUCAAAUAUCAUUCUUAUUUGCAACUAUUCUGACAAUGAUUGCUUGUAUUUUUGCGAUGGUUACGUUACGAUUUGAUUUUCAUGACCCUCGAUACAAAUUAAUUCCAUAUGGUGUAACUAUUGCUGAGGCUAGUUUAUUAACAAUUUCUUGGUCAUCUUAUGCACAUUGGUAUGUUCCAUGGUGGGCACAGAUGUUAUUUGUGUUAUCGAUUAUGUCACUCGCAGUCACUUUGUUCAGGUAUGUUUUGUGAUUUUUGAACCUCGACAAUUCACUUCAAAAUUAUCCUAUUUUUACAGACUCGCCACAAUUGACCCUGGAGUUGUGAAACCGCCCAAAAAUUGUCAUCAAUUAUAUGUAAAUGAAGCCGAAUCUGGAAUCCAAUACCAAGAAAAAUAUUGUUUCACAUGCUUUGUUCGAAAAAUGCAAAACACCAAACACUGUGCAGUUUGUGAUCAGUAAGUUUUUUACUUCUCACAGAAAUUAAUUUGAAAAUAUAUACAAAAUUUUUCAGUUGUGUCUCAAAAUUCGAUCAUCACUGUCCCUGGCUUCACAGUUGCAUAACUCGAAAAAAUAUGCGGGAAUUUAUACUUUUCAUUUUAUCCGUCGUUUUUUCAUCAGCCAUCUAUUUCUUCGCAACUCUUCAUUAUAUGUUGAUUGAAAUCAAUGAGCAUGGAAUGGGUAAGAUUUAUUGUUGAAGAUCAGAAAGUGAAACACAAUUUUUAUUUUCAGAAAACUUUGUCAACACCCGCUCAUUUUUGCUGAUAACUCUUUUCUUGUCAGCGAUGCAUGCAAUUAUGCUGACUGGAUUGUUUGCUGUACAAAUUAAUCAGGUGAGCAUUUUUUUGAGGGGAGUGAGAAAACUUUGAAAUUAAAUUUAUUUUUAAAAAUAAGGAAAGGUGGAAAAUUUAGGAUUGUGUCUAAAAACUGAAAGUUUCACCAACUUUUUCGACAAAUAUUUUUAAAUGAAUCUUGAACAUGACACACCCAAAUUCUAUUCUCCAAGAUCUCAUAGAACACUUCAUUUUUUUCAGAUUUCAUUGGACGUCACCACAAAUGAAGUCAUCAAAACGCAUCGUUCAAAUCAUUCCCAUAGUCGUUCAAGAGAUCAUAACGUGAUUCAUCAGCCAAUCUCAUUAUCCGCCAGAUGUCAUAACUUACUCGAAUUUUGCUCGUCAAAUGGCGAAGUUCAAUAUUAA